UUUAUUGAAUCGCCAUCAAUGGUUUAACGUUUGAGCAUUAAAUAAAGAUUAUUAAACGUUUUUUGCCUAACAUAAGACGAAUAAAUAAUCUUGGUAAUUUGAACCAUGAUUAGAUUAAGUACAUUCAAAAAUUUAAUGCUUGCCUUUUAUCUGAAUCAAGUCGUUCAAACGAACGAUACGUAAAACGAUGGGAAUAGAAAAAUCAAUCUCCUUGCUGGUCUUUUGCAUUUUGAUUUUACGCGAAACGUUUUGUGACCCAGUAAAUGGGAAAAUAUUUCUGCUCGGUGGUGCAACAUCAGAUAGUAGCAUCAGCAUUUACAAUCAACUUCGGCUAGCCACUAACAAAGAGGCGCCGAGUAUUGCUGUUGUAAUUUCUGCGGCUCCAAGUCUAGCUGAUGGAUUAGACGCUUACAACGUAAACGAAACUGGUUCGCUUUCAUAUAGAGAUCUGUUUAUCAGAUAUGGAUUCCAACCAACAGUGUUAGAGUUAGCAAUUGACAAUUAUGAAGUUGCCAAUUCUUAUGAAACACCACUCGGUAGAGAAAAUAUUGAAAAAAUUCAGAAUGCAGACGUUGUAUUCUUUAACGGAGGCGAUCAAUCACGACAUUCGAGAGCGUGGCUAAAAUCAGAUGGCUCUGAUACGGACAUAAUGACCGUACUUCGUAGUAAAUUUGCCGAUGGUACAGUUAUUGCUGGGACGUCAGCAGGAAUGGCAGUGCAAGGAGAAUAUACAUUCGGAGCAGGAAGGUCAUAUGGCUAUUACUAUUUUAACGCAGAUCUCAAGUUUUGUAACAUUGGGGAUGAAUUCGAAGAUGACAGAGAUCCAAGUGACAUAUUCCGAUCCGGUGAAAACGGGGCUUAUCUCCAAGGCUUCGGAUUUAUACAAAAAAUUCUGGUAGACACUCAUUUUGAUGCACGGGGACGAUUUGUUCGCCUGAUUGUUGCUAUGAGAAAAAUUGGUGUUACCUUGGGCUUCGGUGUCGAUGAGAACACUGUCCUUUACAUUGAAAACGACACUGCCGCUGUGUAUGGUGAAUGGGGCGUUUGGAUUAUCGAUACUAGUGAGGCUAGAAUUCCGGACGAGAGCCGUGGCAGCCUGUAUUUUUCUGCUGAAAAUAUUCGUAUUCACUACUUAACAGAAGGCGAUUCCUAUAAUCUAACGUCAGGAAACGUAUUUUCAACAAAACCAUCAAUAGUUGAACAGGAAACAUCCAUUGUGAUCAAUAACAACAUUUUUGGUCUCGAUCAAGGUCUACGCACCAUGAAAUCGCUGAUUUCUUCGAAUUCAACGGCAAGUGAAGGAUAUUCACGCGAAGAAGAUCCUACGUGCAUGGUUAUUUUUGAGAAGGAUGAAAAGACGAAAGGCCACAUUGAUGACGACGAUCAAUAUACGGUUAAAGACUUGUUGUUGCACAUUCAAACGAAAAAUAAUUCUACGGCCGAGUCUGCAGCAAUCAUGUUGUAUGACAUGAAUAUUGUGAAAAUUGGACUGUUAUUUGCCCUCAAAACGAUCAUAUUGUGUUUGUUUGAUUAAUUGAAUGUGCUUCAAGCGAGGCUAUGCCUAUAAUAUAUCGAGUCUAGAUGUUUCAAUCAGAGACAAAACUACAAA